CUUGCGGAAGUGACGGCAGUGCCAAGUCCUGUGGGGGCGGUGGGAACGAUGAGGGGAGUGAGACGGUGGUAGUCGUUGUGUGAAGAUGGAGUUUCCCGGAGGAAAUGACAAUUACCUGACGAUCACAGGGCCCUCGCACCCCUUCCUGUCAGGGGCCGAGACAUUCCAUACACCAAGCUUGGGUGAUGAGGAAUUUGAAAUCCCACCUAUCUCCUUGGAUUCUGAUCCCUCACUGGCUGUCUCAGAUGUGGUUGGCCACUUUGAUGACCUGGCAGACCCUUCCUCAUCUCAGGAUGGCAGCUUUUCAGCCCAAUAUGGGGUCCAGACAUUGGACAUGCCUGUGGGCAUGACCCAUGGCUUGAUGGAGCAGGGCGGGGGGCUCCUGAGUGGGGGCUUGACCAUGGACUUGGACCAUUCUAUAGGAACUCAGUAUAGCGCCAACCCACCUGUUACAAUUGAUGUACCAAUGACAGACAUGACAUCUGGCUUGAUGGGGCAUAGCCAGUUGACCACCAUUGAUCAGUCAGAACUGAGUUCUCAACUUGGUUUGAGCUUAGGGGGUGGCACCAUCCUGCCACCUGCCCAGUCACCUGAGGAUCGUCUUUCAACCACCCCUUCACCUACUAGUUCACUUCAUGAGGAUGGUGUUGAGGAUUUCCGGAGGCAACUUCCCAGCCAGAAGACAGUUGUGGUGGAAGCAGGAAAAAAGCAGAAGACCCCAAAGAAGAGAAAAAAGAAAGAUCCUAAUGAACCUCAGAAACCAGUUUCAGCAUAUGCUUUAUUCUUUCGUGAUACACAGGCUGCCAUCAAGGGACAGAAUCCCAAUGCCACUUUUGGGGAAGUUUCAAAAAUUGUGGCCUCCAUGUGGGACAGUCUUGGAGAGGAGCAAAAACAGGUAUAUAAGAGGAAAACUGAGGCUGCCAAGAAAGAAUAUCUGAAAGCUCUGGCUGCUUAUAAAGACAAUCAAGAAUGUCAGGCCACUGUAGAAACAGUGGAGUUGGAUCCAGUGCCAUCAUCACAGACUCCUUCUCCACCUCCUGUGGCUACCGUUGACCCAGCAUCUCCAGCACCAGCUUCAACAGAGCCCCCUGCCCUGUCUCCUUCCAUUGUUGUUAACUCCACUCUUUCAUCCUAUGUGGCAAACCAGGCAUCUUCUGGGGCUGGGGGUCAGCCUAAUAUCACCAAGUUGAUUAUUACCAAACAGAUGUUGCCCUCAUCUAUUACCAUGUCUCAAGGAGGGAUGGUUACCGUUAUCCCAGCCACAGUAGUGACCUCCCGGGGGAUACAAUUAGGCCAAACCAGCACAGCUACUAUCCAGCCCAGUCAACAAGCCCAGAUUGUCACUCGGUCAGUGUUGCAGGCAGCAGCAGCAGCUGCUGCUUCCAUGCAAUUGCCUCCACCCCGACUACAACCCCCUCCUUUGCAACAGAUGCCUCAGCCCCCUACUCAGCAGCAAGUGACCAUUCUGCAGCAGCCUCCCCCACUCCAGGCUAUGCAACAGCCUCCACCUCAGAAAGCUCGAAUCAAUUUACAGCAACAACCACCUCCUCUGCAGAUUAAGAUUGUGCCUGGACCCACUCUGAAAAUGCAGACCACCUUAGUACCACCAGCUGUGGAAAGUAGUCCUGAGCGGCCUAUGAAUGCCAGUCCUGAGGCCCAUACAGUGGAGGAAACCUCUCCUGAUACAGUCUGUGAGAUGAUCACAGACGUAGUUCCUGAGGUUGAAUCUCCUUCCCAAAUGGAUGUUGAAUUGGUGAGUGGGUCUCCUGUAACACUCUCACCCCAGCCUCGGUGUGUGAGGUCUGGUUGUGAGAACCCUCCCGUUGCAAGUAAGGACUGGGACAAUGAGUACUGCAGCAAUGAGUGUGUGGUGAAGCACUGCAGGGAUGUCUUCUUGGCCUGGCUAGCCUCUAGAAAUUCAAACACAGUGGUGUUUGUAAAAUAGUCCUUCCUGUUCUCCACACCAGUGAAGAUUUACCUACCAGGAACAUGCCCAAGACCCUGCUUUUAAAACUCAAGCUGUGCUUCUGAUAGUGCCUGAUCUCAACCCUUGAUGGUCCCUUCAUGCUUCUCCCCUUUUCUCUCUUCAGCAAGGGGCUAGACUGUGGAGCAGGGCCAUUGAGUUUCCUAUAAUCUGGAAUUGCUUUUUACUUUCAAGUACAAGCAGAGAUGCCAGUGAUAAUAGCAGAGGAAAGGGUGAAGGGAAUAUGGACAAGCAGAACAUAGGGGUGGUGGUGGGGGGUUGUUUGAGGAAACUUCUUGGUAUAACUGUCAUAGGACUUGUCUAAAAGAUUAUUAAAAUUAUGAGAGUACAAAUCAGCUUUGAGCCUACCACAGUAUGCAUCCAUUUUAAAGGGGAUAAAAGCUUCACUAAACAGAGCUAAUAGUAUCACAUCUAUACAUUGCUUUUAGAAUAAAGGUUUUCAACACAGUAGGCACACUGGGCUGUAGGUAAAAUAACAUCACCUAGGAGGUUAUUUAUUCCUCUUUACAAUUAUUUCUGUAGUCAGUGUCCUUUCUUAUCUCAGUUAUCAGAGUUUCUGAAUUUAAAAGGCAGAAAUCUACAAAGUCCAAAGCUGUGUUCACUUGCGUUUGAAGAAAUAUCUUUUAAAAGGUAGGCCAGAGAUGUUCUCACUUACAUGAUACAUAGAAGCUAAUUCUCUGUACACCCUAGGCACUUACUUAAAACUUAAAAUGUACUUAUUUCACUGUUCUUGAAAAUAAACCAAAGAAUAAUAGACUAAGAAAGCCACAGAGCUGUGAUAGAAUAAGCAAAUGUUCAGAGCUUGAUAGCCCUAGAUUAGAUAAUCUAAAGUGAAGCUCAGAGUUUACCUUGAGAGGUGCUGUCCCAGACACUCCAUCCCUUUUAUUACCAUGUUCAUGUAGUUCUCGUUGCUAAUCACACUCAUCCUAUAUUACAUAAUCAACAUUUUAAUGCUUUCCAUGCAGUCAUUUAGUUUGAACCCUUACAACACAAUGAGGUAGGUAAUAUUUCCUGUUUACAUAUCCGGAAUCAUACGAGAGAUGAGUUACAUGAGAUAACAGUGUUGAGUGGCAAAGCCAAAAUUUGACCUCAAAAUCUAUAAUACAAACUUUUAUUUAAAUAAGGAAAAGAGCUAUUAUACAAAAUAUUACUCUUUAGAUGCAGCCUGCAGAGCCAUAGCUAUGGGUGCUUAGUUCUGUAGGGAAGUGCUUCUAUAGAUUUUUAGGUUUGGAGAUGAUACCAUCUGGAUACCUUUGCUUGAACCGGGCAACCACAUCAGGGUCUAGUAAGUGGAUCCCAUCCAGUUGGUUUCCAAGGGUGAUCCUGAAGCAUGGGGAAAAAUAAAGCAAACCAAAAUUCCUGGAAUUAAAAGGCCUUAAUAUUGUUAAAAAA